AUGACGGGCUCGGACAAUCACGAUAACGAACGCGACCCCCAGAAUGACGGCUACCGCGGAAUUCGCAGCUGCAGCACUCAUGCAGAGGCCCUUGCAGCCAUGGAAGAAGACCUUGACAGUCGCAGAACGGGAGAGAACGCCGAGCUCAAGAGCGAGGUCGCGCUGCUGCUCAGGGACUUCUACGACAAGAUCGACAAGUACGCCAAACCGCCGGCUGCUCACCGCGACAUUGUCUACGUCCGGUCCAUCAAAAAGGCUCUGGAAGCUGCGAUCCAGUACAGGGAGGCGGGGGAGGCCUUCUCGCACCGGCUGCCGAGCUCGGCGCAGAUGCUCGCUCUGCGGUAUACCCACCAGUCUGGGACACUGGAGGAGGACGUGUGCGCCGUGCUCGUUGACUAUCAGGUCAAAUAUGGUGCUCCCGUCCCGUUUCUUGGUUUCGGCUAUACCGCGAAGCCUGUUCACGAGCUGCUCCUUGCCACGCCAGUGCAGCCGCCACAUGUCAUUGGCGAGCACGAGCCUUUGUUAGAACAGCAAGCCACGCCGUUUGAGGACAUGAAAGACCGGGUGGAACGUCGCGAAGAGCAGCAGUCUGAGCAGAACGACGUGGCCAGCCGCACGAUGAAGCUGAGACAGGACCUCCAGGGCCUGCGCGAGAUGACGGCCGAGACGACGACAGCGCAGCGCGCGGAGAUUGACGCGCUCAAGACGGACAGGGAGGAGAAUGCGCAUCUCUUGUCGAUCCUGCUGCGGCAGAUGCAGGAAUACAGGAGGGACCUGCGGUUGCUGAAGGUGCAGGUUGCGGUGCCGACGCCCCCUCUUGAGACCGCUACGAGCGUGCUCGACAAACAACUCAGUUGCAUUUCGAUGCUAUGCUACGAGAACCAAGCCAACCAGCAAUACCUCUCCCUAUGCGAACCUCUCUGCGUGAAAAAGAAUGCAACAACACAACACCAACGACGGUCUCCACGCCAGCACCGGCACCGAAACCCAGCUACGCUGAGGUCCUCAACCACGCCAUCGAACGCGACAGUCCAGCCUGAGAAGACUACACACACAGCAUCUUCAGUGAGGAGCCCAGGACAGAACUUCCCCACAGCCGUGAAUCCCAAGCGCGCCGAACCACCACGGGGCCAGAAGCCCGCCCCGAAAACCCGGCCCCCUCUUGAUCCGAAUAGCAAGGAAUACAAGAAGGAAUACAAUAGCCUCACGAGGAGAUGGACAGCUGGGCUGAUUGCCAUGCCUAUUCUUCUCGUGACAUCUUACUACCUUUUUGACAGAAUCAUCCUUGGACACGAGAAGAAGGAACUGCAUCGUUUCGAUUCUUCCAAGAACCCAGACGAGUCACCUAUCAAGUCGUUCUAG